AUGGUGGUAAAGACAACUUCAGGUCAAAUCACGGGCUUCAUCAACUCUACAUAUCCCGAUGUUCGCCAGUUCUUAGGUAUUCGUUAUGGGAAGCAGGCGACACACCAGUUGCGCUUUUCCCCACCUCAACGAUAUACAAGCAACGCACCCUUCAACGCCACCAAGACACCUGACGCGUGUCCUCAGUUUGUGAGCACUUUGCAUAACAUCAUCAAUGAUGCUGUCACCGAAUACAACAACUUCGCUCCGAUCAGCGAAGACUGUCUCUCUCUCUCAGUGUGGGCGCCGAAGAACAUCAGCAAAGACGACAAAGUGCCGGUCAUUAUAUGGAUUCAUGGCGGCGGACUCCAAACUGGUUCUUCGUCUGUGCCUCUGCAGCAACCUCCGGGAUGGAUCCAGCGCAGCAAGAGUCACAUUGUUGUGGCAGUGCAGUAUCGUCUGAACAUCUUUGGCUUCCCCAAUGCCGCUGGCCUCAAGCAGUCCAACUUAGGCCUCAUGGACCAGCGCAUGGCCAUCGAGUGGGUCAGGGACAACAUUGAAGCAUUCGGUGGUGACCUGAACAAAUUGGUUCUUUGGGGUCAGUCCUCCGGCGCUGCAUCUAUAGAUGCGCAAAACUUUGCGUUCCCCGGCGAUCCUAUCGUUAAGGGGUUCAUCCAAGACAGCGGUAAUGUCUUGAUUCCACCUUCCACUGGCCUUGCCACACUUGAUCCCAUGCACAGGAACUUCUCGUUUGUGGCGAAAGAACUCGGCUGCCCUCCCGUCCCGGAUGCUGAGCUGGCUUGCAUGCGUUCCCAGUCAACUGAGCGCAUCGUCAACUUCCUCGCGAACUACACUGAUACCAUGGCAACGCCACCCCUGAACUUCAUCGCAACUCCGGACGAGAAGUGGGUGUUUUCCAACUACACAGAUCGCUAUGCCAAGGGCCUCUUCAGUGAUCGUCCCGCGAUCUUCGGCUCCAACCUGCGCGAAGGAAACAUCAUGGUCCCGUUCCCAAAGCACCCAGUGCACAUGGGCGUCAAUGAUACCCUGUCCGAGAUGCGGACGCUCGCCCUUUUUCAAUGCCCAGCUGCACACUCCGCCGGGAUGCGAGAAGCCGCCAAGCGAAAGACGUACCGGUACCUUUACAGCGGCAACUUCACUGAUAUCAGUCCGUACUUCUGGGCCGGCGCAUAUCACAUGACUGAACUGCCUCAGAUCUUUGGUACGAGGGGAGAUUUCAUAGCUGCUGCUUCAGAUUAUGAAGUCCAGACAAGUGAAGCGAUGCAGGACUUGUGGUUGGGGUUCGCACAGAACCUGGAUGCCCCAGAAAAGGCAGGUUGGCAAGAGGCCAACGGCGGCAAGAUGCUCAUGCUCGGAGUGCCUGGAGGUCCUGGUGUUCAAGUGAUUGAUGAGAUGGUAGUCGAUAAUCCAUGCAAAGCAAACGGAAUGUGA